GGGAGUUUCACUCGGAGGUCUUUAAUGGUCUGCAUCAGCACACACUUGUACUGGCUGUGAAAGCAGCAGUGUUACAUUCACUGACCUUACGGAUUCCUAUUGCUGUUUUUUUCGUGCUCAUGCAAGGCUGCAGCAACACGUUCAGCUUUUAAUUCUCAGACAAUCAUCACUAACUGGCUGGCUGCUGUUCCAAUGUUGGGAGACAAGGCUCACGGUGUCACGUUGAAGGUUAUGGAAUACACAUAUGAUGACGACCUGGAGGAGCUGUGUCCUGUGUGUGGAGACAAAGUGUCCGGAUACCACUACGGCCUGCUCACGUGCGAGAGCUGCAAGGGCUUCUUCAAGAGGACGGUGCAGAACAACAAGAGGUACACGUGCGCGGAGAACCAGGAGUGUAAAAUAGACAAAACGCAGAGGAAGAGAUGUCCUUUCUGCCGCUUCCAGAAGUGCCUCAACGUCGGGAUGCGGCUAGAAGCGGUGCGCGCAGACCGCAUGCGUGGGGGGAGGAAUAAAUUUGGCCCCAUGUACAAGAGAGACAGGGCCUUGAAGCAGCAGAAGAAGGCUUUGAUACGAUCCAGUGGCUUCAAGCUGGAGAGCGUGGCGCCUCCGCCGGCAUCUCCUCCGCAGGCCGACUACGGCUUCCCCGGCUCCCUGCACAGCCUGCCUGCCAUCUCCAAAAGUCUGCUCCCCUCCACCCCGAGCUCCAUCACGCCUACAGACUACGAGUCCAACCUCUACGGACCCCCAUCCCUGGGUAUGGCCAUGCAGUCCCACAUGCCCCUCGCCGCUCAGUACCAGUACACAGCCUUCCCCGGCAGGGCCAUUAAAGCCGAGUGCCCCGACUACACCAGCUCCCCCGAGUCUCUGACAGGAUACCCGUACCCAGACAUGUACCCGUCGGCCUCGCCGCAGCCGCCCAGCCUGCCGCCGCUGGUGCUGGAGUUGCUGUGCUGCGAUCCGGAUGAGCUGGCGGUUCAGAAUAAGAUCGUGGCUCAUCUGCAGCAGGAGCAGAGCAGCCGUGGCCGGCUGGACAAGCCCAGCACCUUCAGCCUCAUGUGUCGCAUGGCAGACCAGACGCUCUUCUCCAUCGUGGAGUGGGCUCGGAGCUGCGUAUUCUUCAAGGAGCUCAGGGUGGGAGAUCAAAUGAAGCUGCUCCAUAACUGCUGGUCUGAACUUCUGGUCUUGGAUCACAUUUUCAGACAAGUGCAACAUGGGCAGGAAGACAGUAUCCUGCUGGUGACCGGCCAGGAGGUGGAGCUGCCGUUCAUCCUGUCCCAAGCUGAGGCGACUCUGUCCAGCAUGGUCCAGAGAGGUCAGGAGCUGGCGGCGAGGCUGCGGGCGCUGCAGCUGGAUCGCAGAGAGAUUGCCUGUCUGAAAUUCCUCCUCCUGUUCAACCCCAAUGUGAAGCUGCUGGAGGACCAGGCCUUCGUGGAGGGCGUCCAGGAGCAGGUGAACGGGGCUCUGCUGGAGUACACCCUGUCGACCUACCCUCAGUUCCAGGAGAAGUUCAGCCAGCUGGUUGUGCGGCUGCCGGAGCUGCGCUCCCUCAGCACGCAGGCGGAGGACUACCUGUGCUACAUGCAUCUGAGCGGAGAGGUGCCCUGCAACAACCUGCUCAUCGAGAUGCUGCACGCUAAGCGAGCGUGUGUGUGAAAGGUGCACGCAGGGUGCUCCGUCGCAAUGUGUUGUUUCUCUAGCCGAGACUGUGUUUGGGAGGGAAAGUGUGAGCGAGAUGAGAAAUCGUGUUGAGGUUUUCAUAUCCUGCAGAGCUACAUUAUCGUGACCUUUCUAAACUGGAUUUUCUACCCUGUUUGCAAACAUCUAAAAUUAAAUCUGCCUGUAGAAUUACAUUAUAUCCUUUUUGACUAAAUAUCACAUGAAUCCAAAAUCCCAGACAAUGAUUUUCUAUCCCACAGAGCCGCCCAGCAAACAUUUAGACUUUAGAGGAGGAAUCUUUAGCCUGAAUCAGUGCAGUCAUGAAGACUGUUGACUGCAUCAUUUUUGAAACAUCCACACCUAAGUGUCAUUCUGAUAUUACUGUAAAACUGUUCCCAAUGCCAAUUUAGGAAUUCUAUUGUGAAAUCUGGCGCUGGGUGGGUCGAUGUUGAACUGACACAUCACAAAAAUGGGACUAUGUGCAGGAACACAUCUGUUGAAUGCUUGCUAAGUGAGCGAAUGUGAGCCUUUCCCAACAGAUGUUGUAGUUUCUUUUCAGAAAUUUGAUUUUAGUGAUAAAUGAGUCCUUUUUGAACAAAGCACAGUCCCUAGAUUAUUCUUAAUCUUAUUUCAGAUGAAGACAGACUUCAGGAUAACACACUGUGUUCUUGUCAGACUAGACUGCUCUUAUGUCUACACUUGUUUGUUUUGCCACCAGUGUUAAAAAAAAUAUGAACACUCUAUGGGAGUCAAUAUAGUUUUGUUUCAAUGUAUUUAGAUGUUAAUAUAUUGAUAUAUAUAGAAGCCAGACAUGUUAACAAAAACAAAUUCUUAUUUAGUUAUUCAUCAAACCCUUACCAAGAAAGAGUAAAUGAAAGGGAGUGAGAGACAGGUAGGAAAGAGGGACACGGACAAAGAAAGAGGGAGA